GGGUGGUGUUGGUCUGGGUGGCAACCUGGGCUGUAAUCCUGAUCAUCAUUUGUAACACGACAUUGGAUCUGAUGAUCGUCAUGUUUUAAUUUGGAGCAUGGGAACUCAGUUAUAGUUCCACCCAUUCUGUCCACCGAACCGCGUGGCGUUGGCAGCCAAACAAGUACGGUGUUCCGGUGAUAAGUUGGCAGUCACCUACAGGGUCAUCAGAACAAGAAGGGGGCGCAGCUCGGCGCCGCUCGGUAGUGAGUCGGGUGCCGGCCGCCAUGCUGGACCUGCUGUCCUCGGCCACGGCCCUGGUGGCGCUCGGCUUCACCUUCUACCUGGUGAGCGCUCAGUGGAGCGCUCGCCGCCGCCAGCGGCAGCUGGCGCGCUGCCGGCGCGCCAUGAUCGUGUGCGCCCACCCCGACGACGAGUGCAUGUUCUUCGGGCCAGCCGUGGUGGGCCUGCUGCGCGAGCCCGCCUGCGUCGUCUACCUGCUCUGUCUCUCGACAGGUGACCACGAAGGGUUGGGGAGAGUGCGCAAGGAGGAACUGUACAGGAGCUGCAGCGUUCUGGGAAUCAAGCGAGAGAACAUCAUACUACUGAGACACUCCCGGCUGCCGGACAACCCGCAGCGGAUGUGGAAUGACGCCCUGUUGGCCGACAUUGUGCUGCACCACAUCAGCUCGCUCGACAUCGACACGGUGGUGUCAUUUGACCACCAGGGCGUCAGCUAUCACCGCAACCACCGCAGCAUCUUCUACGGCUUGGUGCGCAUGGUUAGCCAGGAGCUGCUGCCGACCGACUGUUCGGUGUACUUUGUGCCGACCGUGAACCGCGUGCGCAAGUACAGUAGCUUUAUGGACGUGCCGAUCACCUACCUGGCCAACGACAUCGUGUUCCUGGCCUCGCUGGACGAGUGGAAGCGGAUCCAGCACGCCAUGGCCCAGCACCGCAGCCAGCUGGUGUGGUUCCGGCUGCUCUACAUGAUGUUCAGUCGGUAUGUGUUCAUCAACACGUUGGUGCAGCUACGGGCGCCGCCGCCACCGACGACGACAACAACGACGACACCGUCGUCAGAGGGCUCGGACGGCGCCGCCGACGCCACAGACGCCGGCGACGAGAGCUCCACCGGCGAGUUUCUGUCGCCGCCCGAGUCGCCCGUGCCGCCCGAGGACACCGAAGGCCACGAGCCGGUCACGUGAUGGGCCGAGCCGACCGGGCCGGCAGGAGCCGUAUAGCGGGUCGGGCCGCGCGAGGCUGAAGCGUCCCAUACGACCGCUCGUACAAGCGACGGUCCGUGCCAUCAGCCGAAGGCGAUUGCUCUGACUAGUAGGCAGGACUGGUCGGGAUGGCCUGUUCGAGCAUGGCGCGAUGAAGAAGACAAUUUAGAGCUGGUCGUGUGUGAUGUGGGAAUAAUUAAAGCCUCAGGUAGGUUUGGGUGUGUGGCUGAGCGUGAUUGGCGCACCGUCCGUCUGGGGUGAGGGCGUGUCUUUCGCCGUCGAAAGCAGAGGACGCGCCGACCUGUAAUUUUCUAGGAAAUAAGGUCUUUCUUACGUUCGAUCAUCGACGUCUGUGCUUGUUGUUACAGUCCUUAUUUAACAGUUUAUGGCCCGCGAGGUGCACAAGCCGACUGCAACUCGAGAACGGGCGCAGCAUUGUGGUGCCAUAUAGCUUUCGUGAUGAGCAGGUCCUGUGAAUAGCGUUCGGACGGGUGAGGGAUGAUUCAACUGACGGGUAUCAAUAAUUCCGAUCGUUAACGCUGAGAAAUCCGUGCACGCAGCCCGUGGCUGUCAUCCAUGUACAAAAUGUAGCCAGAAAUGCAGGCGGAAGUCGCACCACUCCACGGGAACAGGCAUUGUUGGGCUCUCUCGUUGUGUUGGUAUUCUCAACUGCGUUGCUAGGAAAUUGUUGGCGCCUGAUCUUUAGCCGCGGAAGCCCGCUUUGACCGGUGGACGCGCUCUGCAAAAACACAAACUUUUUAUAUAAUUGUUUGUUUGACAGGAAACUCCUGCACUGAUUUAUGGUCAUUUAACGAUGCCAUACCCUAUCAGACUGGUAGACUGUCGCCGUUCUCACAUUGCAGACAGCAUGCAUGUUUGAGCAUAUCCCCAAUAGCAUCGACGUAAGCGCAGUAGUUGUGUACCACGUGCUGAACCAAUGUGUGCCUGCGUGAGUUCGUAGUCGCGUCCCAAUUUUGCAGUCCCGUUCCUCGCCCUUUCGCCGCCUGCUGCUGUCGCGUGCUGCUGGCGUCGGUACGUCCUGCGCUCACCCCUGUCCGGUGGGCGGCGGCCGUCAGGGUCGGCGCGGGUCUCCCGUCCGGUGGGUGGCGGGUGGCGCUAGGCGGCAGACUCGCCGCCGCCGGCCGACACUGCUGCACCGCCAUCCUCCGUGCGCUGGUCGUUGUUGGCAGAGGCGACCCAACGCGGCGUGACCGGUGACUUCUGUCCGAGCCGACUUCUGGUUUUUUGUGUGCUUCAUUCAUGGAAUGGGCUCACUCUCAAAUGUGGUCCCAUUGGGGCCCACGACCCGUUUGGAACUUGGAAGGAACUCGCUCGUGCAGGCCUGAUCUUACUCUCACCAGUGCUAGGAAGAGCGUGCGGUGAUUCUUGGUGCCAGCUGAGCGCAAGUUGAUCGGAACCGGCAUCUAGGCUACCCCAUAGGGUCUCGGCUACCCCAGAUGCGGGCUCCUGCGCUGCUGCGGGCUCACACUCGGCUGUUAAGCCCCGCCCAGGUGUGAGACUCCGUCCCAGGUAUGGUGCCCGCCUCAAGCGGUGUCCCUUCCCGGGUUUGGUGUCCCUCCCCAUGCGUGGGGUUCCGCCCCAGCUGUGGAGUACCGUCCCGGGCGUGAGGUCGAUGCCCUGCCCUCGGCACCACUUGACUGGCUCUUCGUCGUCCAACACAGGGUCGGCCCGGCCCUCAGCAGGUGCCGGGGGCGUCGGCGGGUACCCUGCUGGUGCGUGCAGCGAGGCGACGCCCUCCACCGUCGGCCGUGGGUUUUGUCCAAGCGAAAUCUGGAGGUGUCGACGAGGCUGUGUGAUGAUGAUCCCGCCCCGCCCUGUCGUCAGCUUUUGACCACACUCUUCAGUCGGACAGGAGUGGUGGGAUCACACGGGAGUUCAAACGGUGACAGGACCUGCCAUUAACUGUGCCUUACUCGGUGCGCGCCUGCAUCGCUGUCAACAAUGAAGCCGCAUUUCUUUCGGAUGCUCAUGUUCAAUGGCCACUUAGCCAGUGUUGGUUGCCAUAUCUUUUCCUGGAAUAGCCCUUACGUGAGCGGCGAUUGGGGACGAACAUCGUGGGCGCAUGAACUAAAGCACGUAAUCUCCGUGCGAAUUGCCAAACUGCGUCACCAGUGCGGUAUGUUCGUUGCGCGUCGAUUUAGUCACUGAAUCACAGGUGCGGUGGAGAUUGAACGUCCAAGAAUAGCCCUGACGCCUAUAAGAUGCAUGAGUUUAGGAUUGUGCCGGAGUGGUGCUCGAGCUUCAGGGUGCCCUAUUACUCUUGCUCACGUUAUUGGUUUCAGCGAAAGCAAUCGUUCGCUCUUUUGUGAAAAACAACUUUGUCAUAAAGUGCUGCGGUUUGGAGGCCAUCCGCUCAAUUAUGCACUUUCCGAUCGCUUGCUGCCAUUUCUGAGUCUGUAGUCCCAUGUGUUUUCGCCGUAGACUGAGGAUCUUGAAGGAACAGAAAGCCACUAACGGAUUGGAGUGUUUUCGUGGUUGCGCCAUGUAGGAACCGCACACGGUUGUAGCUAAUCGCAAGAGCGCGACUGCGGUGUCUAUGUAAUCGCGUGUUUGUUGGCCUGUGUCGUCCAAGGAUCUCUGGCAAGGACGGAGAAGGCUUCGUUUGGAACCUUGCCUGCCUGAUGCGAACCCUGCCAAGGAUGUGAUGUAGCACGCCCCAGGAACUGUGGUGACACCUCUGGGCAUCGAUGCAGAACCUCUGGAUUGGUGUUACCUGCCCCCGGGAUUGGUGUGGCACGUCUCCGGUGUUGAUGUAACACGUCUCUGGGAUUGGUGUAGCACCUCUCCGGGAGCUGGUGCACGCUGCUGUUGUUUCUGGGGGCCGCUGCCGCACCACGCCCGGGGAUCGGUACAGCAACGCUCCGGGGGCAGGUUCGCCGCUGCUGGGGGCCAGCACGCUGUCCCGUGGCACCGCGUGUCACCUGGCUGUAGGCGAUUCGCAUGCAAACUAACCUCGGGCCUGUAAGCCCCUCGUGUGUUUGAGUACCCCACGCCGACACGCUGGCUAUCGUCGCCGUUCCUUGUGGAGUGCUGCCUGAUUUGUAAACACUGCUGCGAAUUAUGUAAUAUAUGCUCAA